AUGUUAUAUUCAUUUCCAGUUAAAGACAAUAAUCGAUUAAUAGAGUGGAUCAUGAAUAGUGGUAAUGAUGAUUUCGCGGAGUUAACUGAUGGACAGUUAAAACGGCGGUACAUUUGUACAAGACAUUUUGCCGAAGAAGACAAGGUAGUGAACAUAAAGUUGAAGAAGGAUGCCGUACCGGUAUUAUAUGAUUUGCGUAAAAAUAAUGAACAGCCUGCGCCUACGCGUAACAGUCGUAAGUAUUCACGCGAAUUGCUUUCUACAAGAAAGCAAAAACAAAUUAAUCAGCUCAAAUUAGCAACGCAGAAAUUGCGUAAACUGCUAGCGAGCAAAAAUAAACAAAUAUUAGUAUUAAAACGUAAAUUAGAGUCGUACAAAAUGACGGAGUUAGAUUUCGAUCGAAACAUAAAGGACAAAGUUUCCAACAAUGUAAAGACGUUUAUGUUAAUGCAAUUGUAUCCGCAUCCUGUAUUUUCUGCGGACGAGCAACAGAUUUGUUUAUCGAUGCAUUAUUCGUCACCGAGUUUAUUCCGAAAACUUCGUGACAAUUUCGGUUUCCAUUUACCAUGUCCUAGGACAAUUAGUAGAUGGUUUGGAAGCAUCGAAAUGUGGCCAGGCAUUUGUACGACCUUUUUUACACAGUUACGUAAAAAGGUAUCGUGGAUGGAUGAUUCAGAACGAAAUUGCGUGUUACUGUUCGACGAAAUGACAAUAAAGAAGUCCUUUGAUUUUCACUCCAAAAAACAAAAAAUUGAAGGUUUCCAAGAUUAUGGUGCCUUUGGAUCUGAGAUGAAACCAGGGACGCAAGCCUUAGUUUUCAUGGUUCGCGGUUUAUUUUAUAAUUGGAAGCAACCGGUUGCUUAUUUCAUAAGUAACAGCAACAUAUCAACUAUAAACUUGUUGAAUGUGCUUGAGGCGGUAAUUGCUGCUGUCUGUAGCACUGGUUUACGUGUACGUGCAAUUGUUUGCGAUCAAGGCUCUGUUUCAUGGUCAGAUAUAUCAUCUCUAUGGGACCUGGAACGAAACAAAGGCACUAGGGCAGUCGUAAAAUUGUCAGAGAAGCAUAUUCGACCGAAUGUAUUCGAGCGAAUGAAUUGUAGGCUCGCUUUACAAGUGUUUAGUCGAACAGUUUCAGCAGCUUUGUUAACGGCCAGCACACAAGGGCAAAUCCAAAGCGACACUGUUGCGAAAAAUGCAUGUUUUGUUCGACUGUUGAAUGAUUUAUUCGAUAAUUUAAACAGUCGAACCGCACAUGAUGCUAAUCCGCAAAAGUGUGCCUUAUCAAAUAGAAAUCCUCAAAUAGAAGAAAAUUUGAUAAGACAGGCAACAGCAUGUGCAAAUUGGUUUGUGAUUCAAAAGGGUCGGCAGGUACGUCCUCCGUGCUUCAGAGGCUUGCAGCUAUCAAUUAACGCGACGAUACAAUUAUGGCGUGACAUUCGCGAUGAAGGUGCGUCAUAUUUAAUGACGUCGCGAUUACAACAAGAUCCAAUAGAAAAUUUAUUUUCUAUGAUCAGGCAUAACGCGGGCAAUUAUGAACAAAAUCCGUCCGCGAAAACAUUUAGAUUGAAUUUGCAGAAAAAUAUGAUGUUAAAUUUAAUGAUGCCAUCGCAAUCUGCAAAUUGUUUAGAUGACGAAGAUUGUAAUCUUUUCACUUUGCCACAAUCUUCGGAAAAUGUUGCGUCAACUAGUACCGAAAAUUCGUCACUUUCUGUUAAUUGUGACAGCAGUGAAUCCCGUCAAAGCCUAGAAGCAGAGGAUACAAGUGAUACUAUCAUCGCUGAUAUCUUGCAACAAGUAUCUGAAACUGCCCACACCUUAGAAUCAUGUGCUAUUGAAUAUUUUGCAGGAUAUGUCGCUAGGAAAAAUAUUAGAAAAACCAACUGCGACAUAUGCAAGGCAGAAUUAUUAGAUAGUACAACAGUUCUUUCACGAAAUGAACAGAUUUUAAUAUUUCUUCGUGCCUAUAAGACAAAUAAUGAUUCAGAUUUUGGAAGAAAUUUUCUUUUGUAUUUCGUAUAUUUAAUGCUAUUUUUGAUAAAAUGUAUCCUACUUUACGGGCUGAAGAGGGCAUUCUUGAUCAAAUAUUUCCGUAUUUUGUACAAGGUGUUAACAAUUCACCUCAGCUUUGUGGUUGGUUUGACAGUAGUACGUGCAACGAACAUCGAAAAAAAAAUAGCAUAUUUUAUGAUGAAAGUAAAAAUUCAUAAAGAUACGAUAUGGCUCGGUCAAGAAUUGCGACGCCCUAAAACUUCAUUUCACAAACCAACUGCAAAGGUACGGAAAUUGCAAAAUAUGUGA